AUGACGGCUGCCAAGGUCCAGCUUUUGGGCACGUUGACCACUGUCAGCCACCGUCACGGUCGCCAAUCGACAACUCUCGUCGCCUCGGCUGCGCUUGGAGCUCCGCUGGGCGUGGGCGGGGCCAAUUGCUCAUCCCAUGACUCGGAUUUUCUCCGAUCCUUCUCCCACAAAUAUCACAAAAUGCCUGCCAUCAACAACGCCCUGGUCGCCCGUGAGGCCAUCUCCCACAUCACCAAGCGUGAGAACUGGGCCCAGCAAGAAGCCGGUGUCGUUGUCGUCUUCUGCAUCGUCUUCGUCGUCGCCGUCGGUGUCAUUGGCCUGUUCAUCGGCAAGAAGAUCUCUGCUGCCCGUGCCAAGAAGCAAGCACUGUCAGGCUAG